CAAUUCGAUUGGCAUAGAAAGGUGGAGUGAACAGCCAUCACGCCAUUUUCCUGCUGAUCAACCUGACUCUUGCAGGUGCAAGAUGCCAAGGCGAAGCUUCAAGAGGUAGUUUCCAGUGGCCGGCGCUUGGCGUACAUUGCAUGUGCGCGGCUCCAACGCUGCGACCUGGAGGGCGCCACCUUGGCGCUGCAGGCCAUCGAGCGCCUGCCCAGCCUUGCGGAGGCCGCCGGAGGUCUUUGGGCGAACCUGGACCGUCGGCUUCAGCUUUGCUGGUCCUGCGGUGUGGGUGGCUUCCUCGAGGUGUACAUCCAGACCCUUGCCUUCCAGAAGUUCCUAGAGACUGGACAGUUGCUCCCCCAGGUGCCAACGAAGUGGCUCACCGAGAUCCAGGACUUCGAUAAUGAGUGCUUUCUGAUGGGGGCGAUCUCCGGCCUCCGGGAGCUCGAAAGGUACGCUGUCGGACGAGGAGAGGCUUUGGACAUCCACUCAGUUCAUCUUUGCCUGCAGCUGGGGCAGAGCUUAGAAGAGGCUUUGAUGCAGUUCAACUUCCGGAACAGCGCCUUGCGCCAGCGCUUUGAUGGUGUGAAGUAUGCCGUGAAGAAGUUGGAAUCGCUGGAGUAUGAGAUCAACUUGGCCAGGCAAAGGGCGCUGGCAGAUGAAAGGCAGCUGCCUGAAGACCAGCUGGAGGCACCAUCCGGAGAUGCUCCGUCACUAGACGUGGCAGCCAUGGCCGUCCGAAAGCUGGACUACGAUGCGUUCGAUGAGCGCCGAGAACAGGUGAUGAAACAGAGUCGCGACGUGGUCAAAGCCGCGAAGAAUGCCAUCUAUGCACUUCAGCGUGACGACUGGAAGAGAGCAGACUCCCAAAUACAACUUUGUGCUGACAAGGCGAACGAGAUUUAUGCCGACUUCGCAUCAACAUCUCCGACACUCAGACUAGGCUUCUUCAGCGGUGCGCUUGAAGAAAUGGCCGAGGCCUUGGCCUACCGAGCCUUCCGCCGGGACAAGAAGCUGCUGAGCGCGACCGAGAUGCAGGCGAUUAGUAGCCUCAAGUUUGACUUGCUGUUGGCGGAGUACUUGGGGGGCGUCAUGGAUCUGACAGGAGAAGUUGGUCGUUUUGCUAUUCGAUCAGCGAGCCAGGGCCGCAGUGGCAAGGAGGCGAUCAAAUCCUGCCUGGCAUGUGUGGAAGUAGUCUAUGACGGCGUCUCCAUUUUGCCCCACGUGCCUUCAAGUCUAUCAAAGAAGAUCGGCCCUUUGAAGAGCACAAUGAGCAAGAUCGAGCAGGUCCUGUACGAGCUCGCACUUUUGUCAGGAGGAUUAAAAGCUUCAUGGGACGACCCGCCGCCCGACUCCAAUGCCGAAUGAGG